CAGGGCCUCCACCAGCACGGUCCGCGGACGCCGUUUCCUCUGGUCUCAGGAAGGGUGAGCAGCGCGGAGCUCGCCCCUCGGAGACCUCGACCUGAAGGCGGGGAGCGCAGGGCUGCUCCCUCACGGCCCACGAUGCCCGCGGAGCCGGGGGCCAACGUGGGCUGCGGCGCCCUCAGUGGCCGGGUCGGCGUCCCGGGCCCCGAGCGGCUCUCCCGGCACUUCGGGCGGACCCGGUAGCGGACAGGCCCCGGGCCCGAAACGAGCGCGGGCGCCCUGCGCUAAGCGUUUGACUGGAAGUGGCCCCUUCACACGGGCUCAGUCCGCGCGGCGACGCCGGAACAACGUCGGCACAUUGUGCAGACGCAGACGCUGAGGCCCGGAGGGGCCGGGGAUGCGCUCGAUUGGCCCGCACUUUGCAGCCCCACGCAGGGACCCGCCCCGCCGUGUCUGGCUACCAGCCCACGAGCCCAGAGCGGCUCCCAGACUCCUCUCCGCUCUCCUGCAGGCUCGGCUCCGUGCGUGCGGCCCCGACUAUCCCUGCCCUCAACCCGCUCCUCGCCUUCAAAGCCUCCCGAGCGCUAAUUACCUGUCCGCCGGGUGGUGUGGCUGGCGGCGCGGGGGCUGAGGGCGGGCUCGGCCUCACGGAAGGACUACAACUCCCAUGAGGCUCUGGCGCCGCGCAAGCGUAUGUGAUUCCAUUGGCUGGCAAAGCUCUGAGCUGGGAACCCUCAUUGGCUGAGGGGCCUGAGGCGAUAGAUACCGGAAAGGGGAAGAGCAGCCAACAUGGCGGCGGAGCGCGGCGCGGGACAGCAACAGUCGCAGGAGAUGAUGGAGGUUGACAGGCGGGUGGAAUCGGAAGAGUCGGGCGAUGAAGAAGGGAAGAAGCAGAGCAGCGGGAUGGUGGCCGAGCUCAGUGCGCACAGCCUGAAGGACGGAGAGGAGCGGGGGGAAGAGGACCCAGAAGGUACCAGGCCGAAAGGACAAGAGCUGCCUGUGGAUAUGGAAACCAUUAACCUGGACAGAAAUGCAGAGGACGUUGAUUUGAAUCAUUAUCGCAUUGGAAAAAUUCAAGGGUUCGAGGUGCUGAAGAAAGUGAAGACUCUCUGCCUCCGUCAAAAUUUAAUUAAGUGCAUUGAGAAUCUAGAGGAGCUACAGAGUCUUCGAGAGCUGGAUCUUUACGACAACCAAAUCAAGAAGAUUGAGAACCUGGAGGGACUGACAGAGCUGGAGAUUCUAGAUAUUUCUUUUAAUCUACUGAGAAACAUUGAAGGAAUUGAUAAGUUGACACGACUGAAAAAGCUCUUCUUGGUCAACAAUAAAAUCAAUAAAAUUGAGAACAUAAGCAGCUUACAUCAACUGCAGAUGCUGGAGCUGGGGUCCAACCGCAUCCGGGGCAACCGGCUGACCAAGAUCGAGGGCCUGCAGAGCCUGGUGAACCUACGGGAGCUCUAUCUCAGCCACAACGGCAUCGAGGUCAUCGAGGGCCUGGACAACAACAACAAACUCACGAUGUUGGACAUUGCGUCAAAUAGAAUCAAAAAGAUUGAAAAUGUCAGCCAUCUAACAGAGCUGCAGGAAUUCUGGAUGAACGACAACCUCCUGGACUGCUGGAGUGACCUGGACGAGCUCAAGGGCGCCAAGAGCCUGGAGACUGUGUACCUGGAGCGGAACCCCCUGCAGAAGGACCCCCAGUACCGGCGGAAGAUCAUGCUGGCCCUCCCCACUGUGCGGCAGAUCGAUGCCACCUUCGUCAGGUUCUGAAGCUCCCGGCCCCUCUCUUCCAAGAGCCUCCCAGCCACGGUUUUUAGUCCACCCGUUGCUCCUAAAUCAUCGCUCUAUCAACAACGGUCACAAACCCAAUGGCAAUAAAAAGGCACUGAGUGAAA